UGGGACUAGCGGCAAGGGGUGGGGCUUAAGCUUGAGACUAGCAGUAGUGCUUCGGACUGCGGGAGGGAAGAAGGGACAGAGUUGGAAAAUCCGGAUGUAUGGAUGGUUAGAAAGUGAGAGAACAGGAUUCAGUAGAAAGAACAAUGGAUUAGGAGUCAGAGGGAGCUGCAUUCAUUCAACAAAUAGAGAAAAGCUGAGGGAACAAUACAAAGAGGCUGAGGUAGGAAACAGCUUGUCAUCUUCACGGAGUAGACAAGGCCAGAGGCUGGAGUGCAGUGAAUGAAUCAGAAAGUGGUAGGAAGCGACGUUGUGGGGCGGGGAGGGGGGGGGGGCAAGGACAAGAUUGUAGUCCUUGAUAAAAUGGUUUUCCAGAGGCUUUAGCAAAGUAAUAGUUACUUGGACUCUGGAGCCAGUUGGUCUGGGUUUGAAUCCCAGCUGUACCUAGCAGUGGGAUCUUGGGCAAGUCAGUUAACCUUUCAAGACCUCCGUUUUCUCAUCUGGAAAAUGGGGAUAAUUAUUAGUAUACCUCCUUCACAGAGCUUUCCUGAAGAUUAAGUGAGUUGUUGAUGUAAGAAAAGACUUUUACUUGUGCUGGGUAUGUGGUAAGCACUCUGCAAGAAUUAUCUGUAAUGGUUGUUACCCACAGUUCUGUAUCUGCUUGUGUCUGUUUCUCUCCCUGUAAUUGUGAUGUUCUCCUGGUUUCCAUCUUUCCUUGUCUUUCUCUCCGAAUGGGUUUUUCUUGAAUUUGGCUCCAUCCGCUCAGACUUCCUCUUCAAAUUCCUGGUGAUUGGCAGUGCAGGAACAGGCAAAUCAUGUCUCCUUCAUCAGUUCAUUGAGAAUAAAUUCAAACAGGACUCCAACCACACAAUUGGCGUGGAGUUUGGAUCUCGGGUAGUCAACGUGGGUGGGAAGACCGUGAAGCUACAGAUUUGGGACACAGCUGGCCAGGAGCGGUUUCGGUCGGUGACACGGAGUUAUUACCGAGGGGCAGCCGGAGCCCUGCUGGUAUAUGACAUCACCAGCCGGGAGACUUACAACUCGCUGGCUGCCUGGCUGACGGAUGCGCGCACACUGGCCAGCCCCAACAUCGUGGUCAUUCUCUGUGGCAACAAGAAGGACCUGGAUCCGGAGCGUGAGGUCACUUUCCUGGAGGCCUCCCGCUUUGCCCAGGAGAACGAGCUAAUGUUCCUGGAAACAAGCGCUCUCACGGGUGAGAAUGUGGAGGAGGCAUUCCUGAAGUGUGCCCGCACCAUUCUGAACAAGAUUGACUCAGGUGAGCUGGACCCCGAGAGGAUGGGCUCCGGCAUUCAGUACGGUGAUGCCUCCCUUCGCCAGUUGCGGCAGCCUCGGAGUGCCCAGGCCGUGGCCCCUCAGCCCUGUGGCUGCUGAGACCUGCAGAGUCAGGUGGGAUUCUGGGGACCCGGGAGCUGCAGGGCUGGUCUCCCAGCAAUGGGGAGGACAGAGCAGAGACAGCGACAUAGAAAAGGAGACACAAUCAGGAAAAGGGGCUGUCUUCCCAGACACGGGAGAUCCACCCAUUCUUCCCAUCCCACUGCCAGCUCUCUGCCCUGCAUCUCUGACCCUCCCAUUCAUAAUUCCUCAAAUGUCUGUUGAGCACCUACUACGCGCCAGACCCUGUUCACAGCAUGGGGGAUAACAGCAGUGGGGAAAACAGGCAAGAAUCCCUGCCUUCGUGGAAGAGACAGACAAUAAACAAGACCCAGGAGCAAACUGUACAAAGCCAGAGCGAUAAAAGCUAUGGAGAAGAAUCAAGCAGGGUGGGGAGGUGGAGGAGUGGACGGUCAAAUGGGAUGAUGAGGGGAGGGCUCACUGAGAAGGUGACAUUUGAGCAAAGACCUGAAGGAAGUGAGGGAGGGGGUCGUGUGGGGACCUGGGGGAAGAGUGUUAUAAGCAGAAAGAAGAGCCAGUGCAAAGGCCCUGAGGUAGGGUCCUGCCUCCCCUGGGUGAGGAAGUCAAGGUGGCCAGUGUGGCUGCAGUGGAAUGAGUGGAUGUGUGUGUGUGAGUGUGUUGGGGGGUAGGUGAGCAGAAGAUGAGGUUGGGGUGGGGGAAGCAGAUGAGUGAGGGCCUCGUGGGCCACAGGGAAAGCUCUGGCUUAUACAAGCAGAGAAGGGACAGGAUCUGAUUCAGGUGUUCAUAGGGCCCCUCUGGCUGCAAACAGAGAGACUGCGGGGGAGUGGGGGUGGGGUGGGCAGGGGUGGUUGCCCAGAGACCAGUGAGGAGGCUACUGCAAAGUCAAGACUGUUUGACCAGGGUAGGGGCAGGGGACAGGACCAGGGUGGGGGCAGAGGAGGGGUUGAAAGGUGAGUUAGGUUAGAUCAUCCUGGCCUCCAGGCGUGUCCCCUCUUGAUGUAAUUGCUGGGUCAUCCUAAAGCACAAAUCUGCUUCUUUCCCUCUCUUCUUCUGGUAACCUCCCCUGCCUCCUCCAGGAAGCCUUGCUUCCCCUGUGCUUCAUUCAGAGUCCUUGGCAGGCUUGAAAGACUUGGUCCCAUCCUCACCUCUCUGUGGGUGACUACAUCUUGACAGUUCUUGUCUCUCUGCUUCAAACCCACUCGCCAUUCCCCCCCGCCCCACCCCCCUCAGCCAUUGACAGCUCCAGGAUGGCCUUGGAGCAAAGUGGUUAUACCCUGGAGACAGGUACUUUGACAGCAGGGCCAACCUAAUUUCCAGAUGAAUGGAUUUGAGAGAGAUGAGUCAAGGGUGAGCUCUUGGGGUGGGGCUCCUUUCCUUCCAGGCCUCUGCAUCAGCCGUGCCUGUCCUCCUACCUCCCUUCUCAGGCCAACUCCCAUUCAUCAUCAGGUCUCUGCUAAAAUGUCUCUUCCCAAAAGGGGUCACUCUCUCUAGAUGGGCAGUCUCACAACUGCCCCUCCUUUUUAUUAUUAUUUCCUUUUUUUGGCUGUACUAAAUGGCUUAUGGGAUCGUAGUCCUCCAACCAAGGAUGGAACUCUCGCCCUCCACAGUGAAAGCGCAGAGUCCUAACCACUGGACAGGGAAGCCCCUGUCCCUCCUUUUUAAAGUGUUCAACUCUGUCCCCUCCAUCAUUAUUUACAUUGUGUGGUGUUUGUCUCCCCCAUCUGAGAAGGUGACACAUCACAGACUCCAGAGCUGGGCUGCCUGCAUUUAUACUCCGACUCUCACUGCAUAGUUGCGUGACUGUUGGCAAAUUAUUUAACAUCUCUGGGCCUUGGUUUCCUCAUCUGUAAGUGGGGUUAAUAAUAGUACCUACCUCAAGUGAGUGUUGAGAAGAUUAAGUCAAGUCAUGUAAAGUGCUGAGAACAGGGCCUGACAGUCAGUAAACUAAGACUCAAUAAACUAAAGACUGUUUAUUAUUUUUCUUCUUAUCCAAUUUAAAGACUCUGGGCUGUGUAGAAACAGAUGGGUUUCACCUCAGGACAUAAUUUUGAGUCUGUUUCAGGGUUUUCUCAGUGAAUCAAAUCUAAUGAGUGCAUUUUGAAACUGCUGAUUGCAAUCUACAGGAGGAAAUACACUCUGUAUAUUGGUCUAAUGCAGUCACACACAUAGAAAACUAAAACACACAUUUUCCUCAUACUAAUAUUCUUAAAACAGAGGUGAAAUUCACAUAAAUUUAGCUAUUUUAAAGUGUACAAUUCAGUGGCAUUUAGUACACUCACGAGGUUAUGCAACCAUCACCUCUGUCUAGUUUCAAAGCAUUUUCAUCAUUUUAAAAGGAAACCCCAUACCCAUUAAACAUUCACUCUCUGUUUCCCCUCCAGCUUCUGACCUACACCCACUUGCUUUCUGUGUCUAUGGACCAACAUUAUUAUGUAUGAAGCACUCUGGUAUUUUUUAUUUUAUUCUAUUUCAGUGAAAAAUUGCUCAAGGCCCACCAAACUGAUUUCCCUCCCCACUAAUGCAGUUGUGCACAUUGGGAUCACCUGGAGAGCUUUAAAAGCUACUGAUGCCUGGGCCUUACCCCAGAGAUUCUGAAGUGAUCUGGGUAUUUCUAGAAGCUCACAGGUAAUGCUGUCUUCAGAUAACCACAAAGCAAGAACCGAUUGUCCAAUAUAUCUCUGACUUGGAAAACACUGGAAUGAGACCUAGAGUUGAGGUAGUCCAGGAACACAGAGGAACACAGAGAUACAAAUGUGGGGAUACAGAAUGUAGACACCAAGACGUCCCUCUACAGACUCAAGGAGACAGCUCUCUGAGGCAAAUACACAGGGGAAUGUGGGUGCCCUCAGAGUGAGAGCUGCACAUUACCUGCAGACAAGAAACAGAAAGUCAGAAAAUAUAGCAAGUUAGGGAGAAAAAGUAUAGACAGAAGGGCACAGAUAGGAGGGCAGGAAGAUAACCAGAAAGGCGACAAAGCUGCAGCUGACAGACCCGGGACCCCCCCAGUUCACCACACACUUUUCUUACAGCUCACCUGCUCUCCAGGACCAGCCCUGUCCUUCCGUCUGGGGCCCAGACCCAGGCCCUGGGAGGCUGAGCCCCUCACCUGCCCUGGCCCCAGAGAAGCUGCCCUGCCACCGGCUUCCCUUCCCUGGCCUGGUGGGGCCUGGCUGAGGGGCAAGACUGAGCCAUGGGGGAAGGGGGAAUCUCUCCGUACCUGCUGCUGCUUCCUCUGUCUUGGCUAACCCCUGUUUCCCCUGAGCCCCUCACUCCUCUUUGAACAUACUCAGAGAGUUCAAAAAGCCUGAGACCAGGGCCAUUUGGCCUCAGCAUCCCUGGCCCCGCCAUUGCGAGUACGUGUUAUUUAUUACCUGGAGGCCUGUCCUGUCCCAAUGCCCCUCCCCCCCAUAAAGCAUUGUUUACACCUGU